AUUCAUUUCACAAUUGCUCAUACGACUGUUCUGCUCCUCUUUAGGUAAGUUCUAUGUACUACCUCAUUCAUUUCACUAACAAUAUUUACGCCAAGUAAUUCCAUGGAACCGUGUUUCUAAAUUCCACAAAUGUUGACAGAAUUGUUCUACACAUCUCUAUGUAUCUGAACUUUACACCAUAGUUUCUGUUACAUCUCUUGAAAUGCAGUGUUCAGUUGUGGAGAAGUAGAUUUUAAUCUUUACAUUUACAGAAUAUAUUUCACAGUCUAGCUUAUCACCAUUUUGAUUAUGCAGGGUUCCUAUGUCUAUGACAUUAAUGGGAACAAGUAUCUGGACUCUCUUGCAGGAUUAUGGUGCACAGCUUUAGGUGGUAGCGAGCCUCGAUUAGUCAAAGCAGCAACUGAGCAAUUAAACAAAUUACCCUUCUACCAUUCCUUCUGGAACCGUACAACAAAACCUUCGUUGGAUCUUGCGCAGGAGAUCCUUAGCAUGUUCACUGCAAGGGAAAUGGGGAAAGUUUUCUUCACAAACAGUGGUUCAGAAGCAAAUGACUCUCAGAGCAAUCCACCACAACCACGACGCGAAGGACUCCAAGCUACAAUUUCUGCAUCACUAAAACAAAAACACAACAGUAAUGCAUCCAAGUUCUGAACCUGGAACACUAUGAAGAUGCAAGGGCUUGCUGCAUAUGGAUAUUUGUUUUGCCUAUUGGUUUAUUUAGGAUCUAGAUCACCGAUGACUAUGAGUCAUAUGUAAAUAUAUUUUUAUCAUACCAAAAGUGUCUCGAACAUAUAUUAUAUAUGAAACUAUGGAUCAACUUCUUGUAAUGCAA